AUGCCACAACUAACAACUUAUUCUGGAAAGGAUGACCCUUACGACCAUAUGCAAAACUAUGAGGCGGUGAUGCUACUUCGUAGAUGGGAGGACGCAAUCAUGUGCAGAGCAUUUCCGCUUACCUUAACUAAGCAUGCACGUAUAUGGUUUAAUAAUCUGAAGGAAGGAUCAAUUUCAAACUUCAAUCAGUUGAGGAAGGAAUUUAUAGAUGCAUUCCUCAUUAAUGCUAGAAGAAAGAAGGACACUUCAUACCUUCUAACAAUUAAACAAGAUGAGAAAGAGAGCCUGAAAGACUAUGUUGAAAGAUUCCGUGCCGCUACCUUAGAAGUACAAGAUCUUCAAGCCACAGUAGUAGUAUCAGGAAUGCUUCAAGGGACAAGAUCAAGAGAUUUUCAAAAAUCUCUUUCCCUAGAUCAACCUCUUACUCUUGGAGAUCUAUUCAAUCGGGCUAAUAAGUUUAUCCUUUCAGAGGAUGUCAUGAGGCACAACAAUACUGGAAACAGAGAUAAAAAAAGAAAAGAUAGAGAUGAAACAAAUUUUGGAGGAAGAAAGACUGGAAGAGGAAAUGGACACAGACAAAUUCCAAAGCUCAAAUUUGAGAACUUCACACCAUUGAGCUAA